GUUUCCCAAACGCAAAUGAACCACAGAAGAAGAAGAAGUGGAAGGAGGAAACUGUUUUGUCCCUCCUGGCUCUCCGUAGAGUGGAGUCGGUUUACUGGCUGGGGAAAAAAGUACAUUUUCAUCUCUCGCCUCCCUCUUUUUGGCCCGGCCAUCAUGGAGGAGGUGACUCGCCUGGUGUCCACCGGAGACUGUGUGAAGCUCUGGGAUGCGGUUACCAUGGCGCCGCUGGAGCAGUUCAAUCCCCACAUCAGCAGCAGCCCCGUGGCUCAGGCCUGCUGGAGCUCCAACAACCAGUACCUGGUGAGCGCCAGCAGCAGCGGAGACAAGCUGGUGGUGUCCAGCCUGAAGCAGGCCCCCGUUCCGGUGGUGGAGCUGGCGGAGGGGAAAAAGCAGACUCGCGUGGCUCUGAGUUCAUCCUUCCAGUUCCUGGUCAGUGGAGGUCUGGAUCACUGCGUCCACAUCUGGGACCUGAAGACGUCGCGACUCCACCGUUCCCUCAAAGACCACAAGGAGGAGGUGACCUGUGUGACUUUCAAUGCCAGCGACAGCCGCAUCAUCUCAGGCUCCACCAGCGGUGAGCUGGUUAUCCACAGUCUGACCACCAACCUGUCCAGCCAAGCAUUCGGCCACGGCAGCGAGCACCCCAUCCACGACCUCAGGCUGUCCACAGUGAAGCGCUCCCUGCUGGGGACCGUCUCAGACAGCGGCGCCGUGGUUCUGUGGGACUCGAACACCCAGAAGGAGCUCCAUGCCUUUUAUGGGGCCCACAAAGCUCCAGCCUCCGGCGUGGCCUUCUCCCCCACCAAUGACCUGCUGGUGGUCAGCGUGGGUCUGGACAAGAAGAUCGUCUGCUAUGACACGGCCAGCAGGAUAGUCCUGCGCUCCAUCCGCGUAGAGAGUCCUUUGACCUCCGUGGAGUUCACUCCGGACGGCACCGGUCUGGUGGUCGGCUCCACGCAGGGGAAGAUCUAUCAGUACGACCUGAGGAGCUCCAGCGCCCCCGUGAGGAUCACUGUGGCUCACAGAACGUCAGUCACCUGCCUACGCUUUCAGAGCAGCUCCGGCAGAAGCAAGUCCAGUAAACUGGGAUCAACCAAGAUCUCCUCAAAGAGAGCCAGCUCCUCAGUGUCCAGCAGCAGCCAGCCAGAUGCUGACCCCAGCAGAGGCCCCGCCCCCCUCAGACAGGCUACCAGCACAGGGGAGGCUGCAGGUAUGGAGGCGCCGUGUCCAGAAGCAGGUCAGAAAAGUGUGGAGCCUCCUGCUGGUGCAGAGAAGUUCAGCGGCGUUGGAAGGAACAGUCUGGACAUGUUCUCUCCUCUCCGUGAAGUUGCGAGUUUGGAGAAGCUGCCCGGAGAAGGGGGGGGUCCGCAGCUUACCGGCCGCGGUAGUCUGGACGUUUUUUCUCCAGUCAGAGAAGACCCUCUUUCAAGCUCGCAGCGCAGAACUCCACUGGGAACCCAGACACCCUCCGGGGGGCGCUAUUACAGCCCUCUGUCAGUCUUCCAGUCACCGCUGCCAAUCAAAGAGGAGGAGCCAAUCAGCUCCGCGGGUGCAGAAGCUCCCAGGAAGGUGAGCUCAGGCAGCAGCCCCAGCCUGGAGGCAGAGGGGGCUGGGACACUCGCCACAUCCCAGCAGACCAACCACAGUCAGCCGGCGGCACCCUUCUUUACUCCAGAGGCCGGUCUUCAGAGAGCCAACGGCAUUCAAACGCAGCUCAGCAGCGACUCGCCUGUCUACAGAAGCCCCCCCUCUGCAGCAGGUUCAGGUCCAGUUCCGACCUCGCUUUCCCAGAGCAUCGCUGAGGUGGUUGGACAGGGGGGGGCCGCUCCCCUGUCCUCACUGCAGAUCCAACUCAUCCAGAACAUGAUCCAUGAAACCGUGGAAGAGUGCAGAGACGCCUGUCACAAGGACAUCAUCAACCUGCAGAUAGAAAUGAUCCGGCAGUUCUACAUCCUGCUGGUGGAGAUCCAGGGGCUCAUGGAGAAAUACUCGGUCAACGAGUCUCUGGUACAAGAGAUUGAGAGGCUGCAAGAGGAGAACCGUCGGCUUAGAACCAACUACUGAAGGCCUGCAGACUGUUCUUGUUCGGAGUGUGUUCAAUUUAGAAUAAAUGUAAAAAAUAAAACAUUUUCAUUCUCA